AUGGGUUUCGAUUCUAGUCCUCGGCAGCCAGACGAAGAGCAGCCAUUCAAAAGCUACGCGUCCCAACAUCGUGAAAAUACACUGGAAGACCGCCCUUCAGUUCGAAAUUAUGCAGUCACUAGAAUUACUUCACUCAAACCUCCCAUGGAAAAUAUCAAAAGUCCAUUCCGCUUGUUAGCUAUGUUAAACGCCCAGCAAUGGGCUUUUCUUGCCGUCUCCUUCGCUGGAUGGUCAUGGGACUCGUUUGAUUUCUUCACCGUAUCACUCACAGUCUCUGAUUUGGCCGAGACAUUUAACAAAUCGACCACUGAUAUCACAUGGGGAAUUACUUUGGUACUUCUGCUGCGACCACUCGGCUCAAUAGCAUUUGGAAUUGCGGCAGAUCGAUAUGGACGGAAGUGGCCUUUCAUUGUGGCGAAUUGUAUUUUUGUCAUCUUGGAACUUGCUACUGGCUUUACUCAGACAUAUGGACAAUUCCUUGCAGUUCGUUCUUUGUUUGGGAUUGCUAUGGGCGGACUAUAUGGGGUCGCUGCUGUUACAGCCCUCGAAGACUGUCCUGAAGAGGCUCGUGGUCUGGUGUCAGGCCUAAUGCAGCAAGGUUACGCAUUUGGUUAUCUUUUGGCAACAGCAUUUGCUCGGGCAUUGGUCAACACUACAAAUCAUGGUUGGAGACCGUUAUUUUGGUUUGGUGCAUGUCCACCAGUUCUCAUUAUUGCUUUUCGCUUCUGUCUUCCAGAGACAAAGGCCUUCCAGGCUCGGCAAGCGAUUCGCAAAGAGCAAGGAAGUCUAGCUCAGACAUUUAUUGCAGAGGGACGUGUUGCUCUAAAACGCCAUUGGCUUUUACUCGUCUAUCUCAUUCUCCUGACAUCCGGACUUAACUUUAUGGCACACGGCACCCAGGACUUGUAUCCUACAAUGUUAAGGAACAACUUGAACUUUUCAGCGAAUGCCAUUACAGUUACCCAGGUUGUUGCUAAUCUAGGUGCAAUCACCGGGGGAACAACUGUGGGAUACUGUUCUCAAUUUCUUGGCCGACGCCUCAGUAUGAUUAUUGUUUGCAUUAUCGGAGGGGCUCUGUUGUACCCUUAUACUAUGGUGCAAUCAAAGGGUGUGAUUGCCGCAGCUUUCUUUGUGCAAUUCUGUGUCCAGGGAGCUUGGAGUGUGAUACCCAUUUACAUUAUGGAGCUUUCCCCAAGUUCCUUCCAGACUUUCAUGCUUGGAACAGCAUAUCAGAUGGGAAAUCUUGCUUCAGCUGCCUCAUCGACAAUUGAAUCAACACUUGGCGAGCGCUACCCACUGCCGUCGUUGACACACGCAGAUGGUACCGUUGUUAAGCGAUUUAACUAUGGCAAGGUGAUAUGCAUCUUUAUGGGAGCGGUUUAUGCUUAUAGUAUUUUUAUGAUCUUUAUUGGGCCAGAAAAACGAGUUCGUGUCUUGAAUGGUGAGCAUGACACAGAGGUGGGUGGAUUGGAAGAUCAAGCAGAAGAACAUGUCACUAAAGCCUAA